AAUGGGAGAGCCGGGGGGGGCGGCGCGGCCAAUGGCGCGGGCUGGUUUGAUUCAAAGGUGUCUAUAAAUUGGGCCUGCACGCGCCUAGCUCCCGAGAGCCGACCCGUCCGAGCGCCGCCAUGGCUCUGCGGCCCGAGGCCCUGGACGAACUGCCAGCCGCCUGCCUGUCGCCGUGCGGGCCGCCCAACCCGGCCGAGCUGUUCAGCGAGGCGCGGCGCCUGGCGCUGGAGGAGCUGGUGGCCGGCGGCCCCGACGCCUUCGCGGCCUUCCUGCGACGCGAGCACCUGGGCCGCUUCCUGAACCCCGACGAGGUGCGCGCCAUCCUGAGCGCGGCCGAGCGGCCCGGCGGGGAGGGCGCGGCGGCGGCGGCCGAGGACUCCUUCGGCUCGUCGCACGACUGCUCGUCGGGCACCUACUUCCCGGAGCAGUCGGACCUGGAACCGCCGCUGCUGGAGCUCGGCUGGCCGGCCUUCUACCAGGGUGCCUACCGCGGCGCCACGCGCGUCGAGGCGCACUUCCAGCCUCGCGGCGCGGGCGCCGGCGGCCCCUACGGCUGCAAGGACGCGCUGCGCCAGCAGCUCCGCUCGGCGCGAGAGGUGAUUGCAGUGGUAAUGGACGUCUUCACAGACAUCGACAUCUUCAGAGACCUGCAGGAAAUAUGCAGGAAACAGGGAGUUGCCGUGUAUAUCCUUCUGGACCAGGCUCUACUCUCUCAAUUUCUGGAUAUGUGCAUGGAUCUGAAAGUUCAUCCGGAACAGGAAAAGCUGAUGACAGUUCGGACCAUUACAGGAAAUAUCUACUAUGCAAGGUCAGGAACGAAAAUUAUUGGGAAGGUUCAUGAAAAGUUCACAUUGAUUGAUGGCAUUCGCGUGGCAACAGGCUCCUACAGUUUUACAUGGACAGAUGGCAAAUUAAAUAGCAGUAACUUGGUAAUUCUAUCUGGCCAAGUGGUCGAACACUUUGACCUAGAGUUCCGAAUCCUCUAUGCCCAAUCAGAGCCCAUCAACCCCAAACUCCUGUCUAACUUCCGGAUCAGCAACAGGUUUGACCAUCUAGCUGACCAAAAACCGCUGUCCAGGGAGCCCACGUUGGGCAACCUGCUGCGGAUGCGGCUGGCCAGACUCUCAAGCACUCCCAAGAAGAGCGACCUGGACUUGGAGGUGCCCACCGAGGGCAAGGCAGGGACCAAGCGCCGUGACUCUGAGUCAUCCACCAUUAGUGAGGAAGGCCACUUCAACAGCCACAAGGAUCAACUGCAGGGCAGAAAGGCUGCCGACGUGGCCACACAAACAGAGCCAAGAGAGGAGGUGCCCGCGGUAGACACGAAUGAGGUGGGGACACAAGUCAGCACGAGCACCGCGUGUGCUGGCACCCAGGCCGCAGUCUCCACCAGGGCAGGGAGCUCCCAAACUGUGGUUUGGUCCAGGUCGGCCACCACUCAGACUGAUGUGGACGAGAACAUUCUAUUUUCUCAGGGAACCCAGUCGAAAGAAGGGUCACCAGUCUCAAAAAUGUCUGUGUCGAGAUCUUCCAGUUUAAAGUCUUCCUCCUCUUUGUCUUCCCAAGGCUCCGUGGCAAGCUCCACUGGCUCCCACACUUCUCUCAGUCCCGGAUAUCCCAAGUACCUGGGCACCCCCCACUUGGAUCUGUACUUGAGAGACUCAUUUAGAAACUUGAAUAAAGAGCGACAGUUUCACUUUGCUGGUAUCAGGUCCCGGCUCAACCACAUGCUGGCCAUGCUCUCGAGGAGAACGUUCCUUACUGAAAACUACCUUGGCUUUAAUUCUGGAAAUUUUAACAGAGCGCCAGUUAAUUUGCUUGCUAUUAGAGAUCUAGCACUUUACCCUUCUUAUCAGUAACUGCUCAGCGUUCAGAUGCCUGGGCUCAGCCAGGCUUGACAUCAUCAAAAUUUCCUGCUUUAAAAAAUAGCACGUCCCUCAUUGCCUUUCUUUCACCUGACUUGUAGUCACCUUGGCUGUCUUUGAAUUCUAUAAGCUAUACAUUAUUUUACAUGCUUUUAUUUUUCUCAUGUAUAAACCAGGUAUUGGUUUUAUGGUUUAAACACUAUAGGUACAGGUUUUUUGCACGAUUUUAAUAGAGUCAUGCACUACAUAAUGAUGCCAUGGACCACAUGUAUGAUGGUGGUCCCAUAAGAUUAUAAUACCAUAUUUUUACAAUACUUUUUCUAUGUUUAGAUACAGAAAUACUUACCAUUGUGGUACAGUUGCCUAUAGUACUCAGUAUAGUAACAUGCUAUGCAGGUUUGUAGCCCAGGAGCAAUAGGCUAUAUCAUAUGGCCUAGGUGUGUAGGGUGUUAUACCAUCUAGGUUUGUGUAAAUACACUCCAUAAUGUUCAUAAAGUGACCAAAUUGCCUAAAGAUGCAUUUCUCAGAAUGUAUCCCUGUCAUUGAGUGACACAUGACUGUACUGAUAUCUCUUAAAGAGAAUGUUUAGGUGUUCUAAAGUCAAUUCAGGUAAGAAAUGAAAUAUGUUUUGCAUUUUUCUUCAUUUGUGUGCUCUUCUGUUUCAGAGGUUUGGAUCACCACUGUUUUUGUGAUCAAAAUCCUGUUGAGAAAAACAAAACUGUUUCUUGUGUAUCUCUUUAGAAUAUCUGUGUUCUUAGCAUUAAAUAAAUAUAAACAACUUUUGA